CAAUCAAAAUAUGGCAUCUAGAUUCCAUUCAACCGCACGCAAGAUUGUAGCUAUAGGGCGCAACUACUCUGAGCAUGCUAAAGAGCUUCAAAAUGCUAUACCAAAAGAGCCAUUCUUCUUCUUAAAGCCUACAAGCUCAUUUGUACGCACCGGGGGUAAUAUUGAGAUACCAAACGGUGUAAUAGCUCAUCAUGAAGUCGAACUUGGUGUUGUUAUCGGACAAACUGGAAGAGACAUUAGCCAAAAUGACGCGCUCUCACAUAUCGCUGGUUACUCACUCGGUAUCGAUAUGACAGCUAGAAACAUCCAAGACGUUAUCAAGAAGAAAGGUUUACCUUGGUCAACUUUGAAGGGUUUCGACACUUUCACCCCAAUUGGAGACUUCAUUCCAAAGGAUAAGGUCGUAGACCCACAUCAACUUGGAUUAUGGUUAAAAGCCGACGAGACUAUCAGACAGAUGGGAACAACAUCAGACAUGAUCUUCCGUAUUCCAAGACUCAUUCAACACGUAUCAUCUAUCAUGCGUCUUGAGGAAGGUGAUGUUUUGCUCACGGGUACACCAUCAGGCGUUGGUCCACUCUCUCCAGGACAAACAGUCACUGCAGGAUUAACUCAAGGAAAAGAAGAACUCGAUAGACUGGAGUUGAAGGUAGUCCAACGCCAAGGUGGAUAUGUUUACCAAGAAGAAUAAUUGUAGUAGAAUAAAUGCACAGUUUUAAUAGAUAAGUGACCCAUAUAUCAAUACGUUGAGAAAAUGCAUACAUCGACGAAUCAAGUACUUGGAAGAGCAGUUUACUUCUUCUUGUCUGAUGAUGCCUUGCUCUUGGCGGUACCGCGAACCUUCUUGCUCUUGUUCUUUCUCUCCUUUCUGAGCUUUCUUGAUGGCUUAGUGACCUUCUCAGCGAGACCGAAUCUGACCAAUCUGUAUUUUGGUUCGAAUUGCUUAGCGGCAUCUGCAGAGUCGUAGACUAAACCGAAACCGGUUGAUUUACCACCACCAAAGUGAGUACGGAAACCGAAGACAGCAACCUGUCGUGUGGUCAACGGCUUCAACUUGAGCCUUGUACAUUUGAGCAAGGUUCUCACGGAGCUCUUGCUUUGAGACGUUUGGACGGGUUGGGUGGAGAACGUCCAAGACGAAUUGACGUCUUUGCAGCAAUGGGUUAGCGGUGAACUUGCGAGUUCUCAAAGUAAUGGCACCGGUUGGAUCCUUUCGCUGCUAAUAGCUCGAAC